AUGGCGACCAACGGCGUCUUCGCCCCCAACAUGCGCUCCGUCCCCACGGGCGAGUUCAUCUCGCCGAGCAGGAAGACUAACGGUGCCGGCGUCCAGGCAGAGGACACGCGGAUAUGCGUCGUCAUGGUGGGCUUGCCCGCGAGAGGAAAGAGCCUCAUUGCGCAAAAAGUCGUUAGAUACCUCCACUGGCUCUCCAUCACCGCCAAAACCUUCAAUGUCGGCCAGUACCGUCGCACCGCCACCCCAAACCCCUCUGCCGAGUUCUUCGACACCACAAACCCAGAAGGCGAGCGAUUACGUCGCGCGGCGGCCGAGGCGGCAGUCAACGAUAUGUGCAAGUGGUUCGCCGAGGGUCGCGGACUCAUUGCCAUACUAGAUGCGACAAAUUCGACCAAAGAUCGACGGCGAUGGAUACAGGAGCGAUGCACCAAGCAGAACAUAGAGACCUUGUUCGUGGAGAGCAAGUGCGACGACGAGGACCUCAUCAUGAGCAACAUCCUAGAAGUGAAGACCACAUCCCCCGACUACGUCGGCCAAGAUCCUGAAGUCGCGGCCCAAGAUUUCAGGGACCGGAUACGAAACUACGAGAAGGUCUACCAGACGAUCGACGAGGAUGAGUACGAUUUGACCUACGUCAAGUUGAUCAACGUGGGAAAGCAAGUAAUCAUCAAUCAGAUACAGGACUACCUGCAGAGCCGCGUGGUGUACUACCUCAUGAACUUGCACAUCAAGCCGCGCUCCAUUUGGUUAUCGAGGCACGGCGAAUCCAACUACAACCUCAGCGGCAAGAUCGGCGGCGAUGCAGACAUCUCAGACCGCGGCGAAGCCUACGCGCGCGCUCUCCCCGGCCUGGUCGCGCAAUCCGUCGGCGAUGGCCGAAAGCUCACCGUCUGGACCUCAACCCUUAAACGCACUAUCCAAACCGCGCGCUUCUUGACCUUUGAAAAGCUCGAAUGGAAAGCCCUCGACGAGCUUGACUCCGGUGUCUGCGACGGCCUCACCUAUGGCGAAAUCGAGCAAAAAUACCCCGACGACUUCAAGCAGCGUGACGAAGACAAGUACAACUACCGCUACUUGGGCGGAGAAUCGUACCGCGACGUGGUUAUUAGGCUGGAGCCCAUCAUCAUGGAGCUAGAACGCAGCGAGAACAUCCUGAUCGUGACGCACCAGGCGAUCCUACGGUGCAUCUAUGCAUACUUCAUGAACGUGCCGCAGGAGCGGAGUCCGUGGAUGGAGGUCCCGUUGCACACGCUGAUCAAGUUGACGCCCAAGGCGUACAGCACGCAGGAGGAGAGACUCAAGGCGGACAUCCCGGCUGUUAGUACGUUCCGGGAAAAGGGGAGCAGUGCUAAGCAUCAGUGA